UAGAUAAAACUAUACCAUCAAUACGUAUUGAACCACAAGAAGGUGUCUUUAAUCCAUAUGAAGAAAAAGAUUUUCUUAUUGUGUAUACACCAACAGAAGAAGGAAAAAUUGCUAUGUCUGCUAAAAUAACUUGUUGGAUUGGUGAUCGUGCAAAACAAGGAGCUGAAGUUUAUCAUGUAAUUAUAAAUGCAUCAACACGUGAAGGUUUUCUUCGUGCUAGUGAAGCACAGCAUGAUAUAGGUCCAGUUGCAUUAGGUACAUCAGCAACGUAUGAUCUUUAUUUUGCUAAUGGUGGAGAUUGUUUACUUCGAUAUCGUCUUUAUACGAAACAAACAAUAUUAGAUAAUAAAAGUGAUAAUGAAGAAAUGUCUAUACUUGAAUUUUUAUCAAAUCAAGAUGGACAAGGUGAAAUUGAUGGUAAAGCGAAAGUUUGUAUACCAUGUCGUAUACAUCCAUUUAGUCGAUCUAAUUAUCAAAUCGAUUUUUAUUAUGAUUUAUUAGAUGAUUAUAAUCAACCUUUAAGUAAUCAUACAAAUCAUUUAUGUACAUUAAAUGUUCAUGGUGUAUAUCCACAUUUAGCAUUUACUGAUAUACUUGGUUCACAACAAGCAGCAUCAUUAAGUAAAGGUCUUCUAUCACAAGCAUUUAAUUUAAUAAAAAUCAAUACUCUGUUAGCUAAAGAACCUACAGCGGAAGAAUUAACUUAUGCGAUUAAUUCACAUAGUGAUGAUAAACCACUUUCGUUGAAGAAAAUUAAAAUAGAAAAUGAACAAUCACCAGUACCAUCACUUGAACAACCUGAAGCUAUUACAUUUAAUUUUAAUGCUGCACCAAUUAAUUCAUUACCAUCUGAGGUUCAUUUAUUAUUAGAAAAUUGUAGUGAUCUUGAUACAACAUGGUCAUUUCUUUUUCCAAAAGAUUUACAAUGUGAAUUAGAAUAUUGGUCACGAACAGGAGAUUUUACUGAAGAUGAAUUAAAUAAUAUGAAAUUAAAAGAUAAUAAAAUAUUUGAUAUUAAUCCGAGAAAAGGAUUUUUAAAAAAAGGUGAUAAUGUUACAAUAACAAUUUCAUAUAAACAUAUUUUUCCUGGUCAACAUACAUUACCAGCUAUAUUUAAAGUAGGACGAAGCCGAAAAGUGAUGUUAAAUUUAGUUGGUAUAAGUGUUGAACCCGGAGAAAUUUAUAUACAAUUUUAUUCAACUAUACAUCAUUUAUUACCUGUUGAACUUGGUGCACAAGGAGUACCUGUACAACAAUAUGAAUUAUAUAAUGGUGGUACAGUACCCAUUCAUUUUCAAGUUGAUAUGAGUCAAUUAGAACAAAUAUCAUUAUUAAAUUAUGGAUUUUGGGUUCUUGAUUGUCUUACACCUGAAGGUAUUAUAGCACCGAAUAAAAGUUUUCUAACACAAUGGGUAUUUAAUCCACUUGAAGCUCGUGAAUAUGUAUUUGAUAUAAAAAUUGAUUUGGAAAAUGAUGAACCAGCAUUAAUUACAUUUAUUGGACAAGGUUUUGAUAAACGUAAUGUACCAUUAAAUAUUGAAAAGAUUUUAACAAGUCAUCUUGAAACAACAAAACAAUUAAAUUUAAAUGAACGUUUAGUAUCAUUAACAAAUGAUCGUAUGAAUUUUGGUAAUUUACCAUUAUUUACAAAACAACGUCAUAUUACAUUUCUUAAAAAUCAAUCAAAUAAAGAUUCUAUUUCAUUUAUUUGGCAUGUAACAAAUCCGGAACAAGUUCGACAUAUUCGAAUUCAACCAGUUCGUGGUAAAAUUCAACCUCGACAAUCUUUACCAAUAAAAAUCACGUUUAUGGCAAUUGAAGCACCAGCAUUUCAUGAUAUUGAUCUUGUUUGUGAAAUAUAUAAUGAAACAACACUUAAUCAAUAUAAUCUUGCUGUUAAAAAAUGGGAAAGUAAUGUUCAACAAAAAUGGGAACGAUUAGAAAUUGAUGAUGAAGAAUAUGAAGCAUGUUUACGUAGUGGAGUAAUUGAUAAUAAUAAUAAUAAUGAUAAUAAACAACAAGGAUCAACAUUAGAAAUGGGUCAAACAUUACCACCUGUUGUCGUUAAUUAUGAACAUGAAGAAACGAAUCUUGAUAAAUCAAGACGUUUACGUGCAAAUAUGAAAAAUCUAAUGAAUAUUAGACCACAAAUGCCUGCACCAGAAUUAUUACAUUUAGCAUUUACAGCACGUACAUUAGUUUAUAAUGAAUAUGUUGAUUUAUGUAAUGAUACAAGUCAAUUAGAAAAAUAUUUUAUUGAUACAUGUUUAGGUGGUGAUUAUCGUCCUACAAAUUUGAAAAAACAUGAAGAUAGUUCAAUAAAUGAUGAAUUAGAAGAAAAUAAUAAUGAACAAUUAACAAUAAAAGUUGAAGAAGCUGAUUUACUUCGUAGUACAUUAUCAGAUUUACUUCGAAAUCUUUUAUGUGAUCGAGUUUUUGCUGAUUCAUUACCAGAAAUGAUGAAUGAAUCAAUACCAUUCUUUUCACAAUUAAAAUAUACUGAAGUACCAAAAGAUAAUAAUGAACAAGAAGAACCUAAUGAUUCAUCGAAAGAUGAUCAAAUUCAAACAAAUCUUGAUGAAGCUAGUAUACGUGAAACUGAUCAAAGUCUCCUUUGGUCAAGUACUCUUCAAGAAAAUACUUCUUUUCUCACAAAAACAACACAACCUACUACAUCAUGUUUAAAACGAAUUAUAUCAACCUCAUCAUCAUCUUCAUCAUUACCUGAUUUUGAACAAAAAUCACAUAUUCAUGAUAUUGAACAUGUAAAAAGUAAUCCAAAUAUAACUUCAUUAAUGGAAGAUGUUUUAGAAAAUACUAUAUGGAAUAUUUUACAAGAAGCAUAUCAUAGUGAAUUUAGUUUAACAGCUCGACCACGUCUUAUUGCAUUACCACCUAAACGUCAAUCACCUUCAUCACAACGGGCUACUUUCAAACAGACUGAUACACAUCAAUCAACUUUUCCACAACCUCCAGUUAUUAUGACAGAAUCUUUUGAUUAA